AAAUUAAUUUUGCAUCUAAUUCCGUAAAGGCUCCUAGUCUCUAGUGAAAGCAGAGAGUUUUCUCAAACAAAUAAUUCAAUCUCAUCAUCACCCUCGUUACUAAAGUCAUUUGCUGCCUUUAAUUUGUUCUAAAAUUUGUGGCUAUAAUUCUUGUUGGUGGAAAGGAAAUGCACUGUAGAAACCUACUAUGUAUUACCAAGACCAAUAUGGUCCAUGUGACAUGUCUCCAUUAGACCAUUAAUGUUAUAACUAGCACUAUAAUGAUGUAACGUCAGUAUUUUCAAUUUUUUGACAAGAACCUCGUAUUUCUCUAGACAUUAUAUCACUGUAUUUAUCUUUUCGAGACCAAUUUUUUGUGGCUUAAUUUCAGCCAGAUUGAAAUGUUGAUGGAUUUGGUUUCUUGUGAAACCUUUUUGUAUAUAUUGGUAACUGCUUUAAGGGUGUUUUGAUAUAGGCCAAUAAAGUUUUAAAGAUUGUAGAAUGGGUGAACUUUCAAGCCAAGAACCUCUUCUUUUAAAGAAAGAAAAUGAAUUUAAUUAUCUCAAGAAGAUACCUCUUUUGGUAUCAUCAACAAUCAAAGGAAUAAUGUGGGUGAUCUUCAUUGCAUGGGCAGCUUUUUUCUUUGUGUUGCCUACAGAAUUUGGAAGAGAAUUGCAACAUAAAACUAUAAGAGCCACAAAUGGAACUCUUUUUGGGACUACAGGAAGCACAUUCUUGUUAUUCAGUUUCCCAGUUUUCAUGAUUGCAUUUCUUGGAAUUAUUCGUCUCGUUCUCUCUGGUGAAGAUGAACCUCAAGUCAAGAAGACUGCAAAAGGUCCAAAGUUUAGAUUGUGGACAUUCCCGGUGCUGGUGGAUGGACCAUUUGGUGUUGUUACAGCUACAGAAAUGAUUGGUGUUAUACUCUUCUCAGUGUACAUCGUGUGGGCUGUAAUAAUGUACACUAUACAGAAUGUUGACCUCUUAUCCUUGUUUGAUGCACACGGCAUGAAAGAGAAAAGUGCUUUGUUGCUGGAGCUGACAGGCCUUCGUUUUGGAUUCAUUGGAUUAAUCUGCUUAGCAUUUUUGUUUCUGCCUGUUGCACGAGGUUCAGUUCUUCUUCGAGCUAUAGAUAUCCCUUUUGAACAUGCCACUAGAUAUCAUGUUUGGCUGGGACAUCUUACUAUGGCUCUUUUUACUCUUCAUGGUCUGUUCUAUGUGAUUGGCUGGGCAAUGCGGGGACGACUUGUGGAAGAACUAGUUGACUGGAAAAACGUAGGAGUGGCCAAUCUUCCAGGAGUUAUCAGCCUUGCAGCUGGUUUACUGAUGUGGGUGACUUCACUUCCUGGAUUAAGGAGAAAAAACUUUGAACUGUUCUUCUAUACACACCAAUUGUAUGUGGUGUUCGUGGUAUUCCUGGUCUUGCAUGUUGGUGAUUUCAUCUUCAUGAUGGCUGGAGCUGGGAUCUUCCUGUUCAUGCUUGAUCGGUUCCUUAGAUUCUUCCAGUCAAGAAAGACUGUUGACAUACUUUCAGCCACAUGUUUCCCUUGUGGAACCGUUGAACUCGUUAUCUCAAAACCUGCAAAUUUAGAUUACAACGCCCUUGGCUGGAUAUUCUUACAAAUACGCGAGUUGUCCUGGCUGCAGUGGCACCCUUUCAGUGUCUCAUCUAGUCCCCUUGAUGGGAAACAGCAUCUUGCUAUUCUGAUAAAGGUUCUUGGAGAUUGGACAGAGAAACUGAAGGGAAACAUCUUGAAUCUUUCUGUAGAGCAAUCUGAGACGGAGCCGCUUUUGCAGCAUAACAGGAAAAUAACAGCUUCUGUUGAAGGUCCUUAUGGACAUGAAUCACCAUACCACUUAACGUAUGAAAAUCUCAUUUUGGUAGCAGGUGGAAUUGGAAUUUCUCCCUUUCUAGCUAUCCUGAGUGAUAUUCUCCACCAUAUCAAUGAUGGCAAGCCUUGUCUGUCAAGAAAUAUACUGAUAGUAUGGGCUAUCAAAAAUUCGGACGAGCUUCCACUUCUUGAUACAGUUGACAUGGAGGCAAUCUGUCCACUUUUCUCUGAUAAACUGAAUCUUGAGCUUCAAACAUUUGUGACUCGGGAAUCACAGCCUCCAUUGGAGGAGGGUAAAACACCCAAAGCAAUGCAACCCUCAAUCUCCCCUGGCUUCAAGGGAUGCCGAAUGUCUGGUUUGGUUGGUACUGGAAAUAUUGUAUGGUCUGGAUUAUAUGUCGUAGUAUCCACCAUAGGGUUGGUGAUCACUACAGCGUCGCUGAACAUUUUCUACGUAAAUCCAUUCAAUGUAUAUUAUUGGUGGUACAAAGGGCUUUUGUUGAUUGGAUGCAUGGCUGCAAGCAUUCUUAUAUUUGGUGGUCUCGUGAUCGCUUUAUGGCAUCUUUGGGAAAGGAAAACCUCAUCGAAGGAGGAACCAGAGGACGACACAAAGAAAGUUGACAUCCUGCAGCACCAGAAUGAAGCCUCUUUACCCAAGAGUUUUGGAGAGGCUCGAUUUGUCAACAAUAUUCGAUAUGGUCAAAGACCGGAUUUCCAAGAGAUAUUUGGAUCGCAUGCAAAGAGCUGGGGAAGUGUAGAUAUUGGUGUGAUUGUGUGUGGUCCUCCUACUCUUCAGACUAGUGUUGCUAAAGAGUGCAGAAGGCAGAACUUGCAGAGAAGAGGCCAUCAGGCUAUUUUCCAUUUCAACAGCCACAGUUUUGACCUCUAGAUCGCUCCCGUAAAGCAUGGCUGGGGCUACGGUAUCAGAAGGUUGUCGAAAAAUUACACCUUUUUGGGGUCCUUUUGAAUCUGUUAAAUGGCUAGUCGAAGGUAAAGGAAAUGAAAAAGGCUAAAAUUAUUUUGUAUGUAUACAUAAUAGAUGUUGGCUUCUUGUAUGUUUAUUUUCUUUAUAUUUUGAAUUCUCAGUAAGCAUCCGACAGCUUGUAUAAGGAGUACUUUUUACAGCUCUAAUAGGAAAAAGGAUCAUAUAGUUUAGCUAGUUUAUCACUGAUCCUUGUAGCAUUUAUCUGUGCUUUACGGUAUCUGCAGUAAGAAUCUUGUACAUUUUCAUCGUUGUAAACACAGCUUUUAACAAUAUACAUGUAUAACAAUAUGUAACUACAUAAAGCUGCUGUCUAUUAUCAAUGAGAAUCUCUAUAUUCCAUAAUCUAUAUAGUAUCAUUUGUCUGUCA